AUCGAGGUCGAGACAAUCUCUGGGCAGCUGGUGGUGACACGAGUGAAUGCGGCCGCAAAUCAUGACAUCCAUCCAGGCGAUACUAUCACCCAUGUGAAUGGCAGAGCUGCUGUGGAUCGAAAUGCGAUUAGCGGUCUGAAUGGCAGAAUAACGCUCACACUGGUGCCAGCGGCAAUUCACAGUGCUCCUUCGGUUUUCUAUCGCGUGAAUGCUGACUACAAUUCGGAUUUGGAUGAGUCAAGAAUAUGUCGUUGGUUGUCGAUUGAUGUGAAGAAAGGAGAUGUUGUGCAAAUUAUGAGUCAGGAUGAUAACUGGAUUCAGGCUCGUAAAGUCAAUGAUCUGUCUCGAGUGGGCUACCUGCCAGCGUCUUUAUCCAAAGAAAAGGUAGUCUCCGUACAAUUCUUCGCCAGUUUCUGUUCAGUGACUUCGAGACAAGCUCGUCCAGGCGAACAAGAAGGUCGUGAGUAUAACUUCGUAACAAAAGAGGAAAUGUUGCGGAAAAUUCGAGAAGGCGGUAUGGUCGAAUGGGGCGAACUGGAUGGCCAACUUUACGGUACUUGUGCUGAUUCGGUUCGAUCAGUUGUACGAAGUGGGCGAAUGUGUGUGCUGGACUGUGCACCACAAGCGCUGUCACAUCUCUACAAUUCUGAAUUCAUGCCAUUCGUGGUCCACAUCAUUCCGCACACUGAGGAAAUUCUUCAAAGCAAUUGA